AUGAAGCUCACAACCACCACCGUUCUUCUUUCCCUGGUCGCUGGCGCCCUCGCUGGACCCCUCCUUCCAGUCCCCGUCGCCGAGAAGCCCGAUGGCGCCGUUGCACGCGGCGAAGCCGCUGUCCCCAACGUUUACCCACUUAAAGCCCGGAUGCCCGAGAAUGAAAAGCCCGCUGUCAGAGCUGUCGACGAGAAGGAGGAUUCCCAUGAUACCGAGGAGGAGGGACCCCACCAAGACGAGGAGGCUCUCGAUAAGCGUAACCCGUUUUAUAGGGUGCGGCCGGGGUGGUGGGGGCCGAAGAAUAAGAAGAAUAAGCCCAAGAGUCGCAAUUCUCAAGCAGGGCAAGAACUUGCAAAGGCCGAAUGA